UCCAGCUCUGUGUCCUCAUCCUGUUCUUUGAUUUUCUUAUUUGCAAACUGAACAAAUGUGUCUGUAGCUGCCUUAAAUGGUGUCAAAGUCUCUUGACAUGCCUUUCAGGGUUUCCUGUGUAGCCACAACCAUUCGAUGGGCAGACAGGAUGUCCAUCCAACUUGUUUGCAGGUAUUUGGACAGUGGUGAUGUGUUCUCAAAUAUCCAAAGAAAUAUUUGAGCUGUCAGUAUCGUCUGAUACCUGAGAAGUGCCUCAGAAGGUAGGUUGAUACAUGAUUUCGCCUGGCCCAGAAAAAGUUGAGUUGCGUCUAGACACCCGUUGGCCCUCUAUGAUAGGCUCCAGGGGAGUUCACAUUUAAAAAAUUCCGAUGUCUUCAGAUGUCUGACAGGCAGACAGCUGUGCCUAUAUUAACCCCUGCUGUACCAAACUAAAUGCUAGACUGGAAGCAAGGGUAAAUAAUGUGAAAGUUGAGAUAAAUGCAAGAGAUGAUUUGGACAGCAACAUGAACAUGAUAGUCUUAUGGAGGCCCAGUGAUAAUUUGAAAUGGAACUCUUAACAGGCAUGGUGUGCCUGCGUCGGCCAAUACAGCACAGCUUAGAAUGCUGCUCAUCCAAUCAGCAUUCGGGAUCCAAACAACACGUUUUAUAAUAUAAAAUAUGCGUUUAAGUUGCAUGAAAAUGCAUGUGUGGAGCGCUGGGGAUGGUUGAUGCCUUACAGUCUCCUCUCACUGUGGGUCCAGAUGGCUCAAACUCAACUCCAAGGCCGGCCGGAAUGAGAAGGAGCGCGGCGAGAUCCAGGUGACGGUCCAGUUCACCCGCAACAACCUGACAGCCAGCAUGUUCGACCUAACCAUGAAGGACAAGCCACGGUCUGCCUUCGGCAAACUUAAGGACCGUGUGACGGGGAGGAAGAUCGGCGACAUGGAGUCCUCAUCAGCCAUCGUGCCGGGACGCUUCGCCGCCCUGUCAGGUUCCCUAGGAAAACCAUUCCGAGAGGGGGACCGAGGGGAAGGGGGAGAGGACCCCGUGGAGGUAGCCGAGGAGAAGCAGAGCAAGGUGAAGGAUUUCUUCAAGGGGAAGGGAAAGCUGAGGAGUUCGUCCGACACAAGGUCGUGCUCGUCGCUGGCCUCAGAGAGCAGCAUGUUGUCCUUGACCAGUGAGAGACCCUGUCCCCCUCCUCUGGACCUAGGCAUCCUGGUGGACCCUUCCAGUCCCCCCAGCUCCCCCAUCUACAGCAACAAGGUCAAAGUUGACACCCACCACAGAGACACAGACCUAGCUAAAAAAGUGCUCAACAACACACAAUCUUCCCCAAAGAUACUGACUCACAAUCGAUCCCUCAGCGAUGAGGCAAGUAGGAUCACCACUACUGCCGUUCCCCAGCCCUGUCCUGCAGUGGAAUCCCUCAAAGGUCAGGGUAUGACUCCCUCCCAAUCCCCUCUGUGCAGCAACGGAAGCCACAUCUACGGAUCCGAACCAGUGGGUCCCAAGGGCUCAGACACCCUCCCAUCCAAGCUGGUCCUCCUUGAGAAGUGCUCCCCCCUCUAUUGUUCGCUGCAGAACCUCACAAAGCAGAGCGAGGACAAUGGUUCAGCCGGUGAGGGACGGUGCUGGUCCUUCGACAAGGUGAAUAAGGAAGAUGAGUACGUGGAGGAGGCCGAACCUCAUGUCUCCCAGGUUCAAAGCGCACAGGUGGGGGGUCGUCCUGUGCUGGCAGCUGCCUCAAUGCUGUCUUCCACCACCACGGUGGACUCAGCAGACAAAAGGAAAAAGCUCAGAAAGUCGUUAUUCUCCGGAGGGAAGAGUGAUUCUCUACCUGCCAAGUUGGCGCCAAGCCAGGGUUGUCCUCUCACCGAGGGGAGACUGCGAGGUUGGUUUGGCUCCUGUGACUCCCAGAACAAGCCAAGGUGA